AGUCAUCUGGGUGCCCCAACAUACUCUCCCUUGAUCAAGUUACCCUCUCUCUCCCGUAUGUUUCCUACUGGUGCUGCAACAAGUUACUUUGUAGCUGGAAAUGACUCAGAUGUAUUCUUUUACCAGCCUGGAGGUCAGGAGGCCAAAUGAAUCCUACAGAGCUAAGACCAAGGUGCUGCCUUUUCCAGCAUCUAGAGGUGGCUGUCAUUCUGUUCGGCUCAUGGCAGCACCUCUCCAGUCUGUGCUUGGGUCAUUGCCUUCUCUCACUCUGAUCUAGUGCCUCCCUUUCAUAAGGACCCCUGUGAUAACACUGCCCACCUGGAUAAUCCAGGGUAAUCUCCCAUCUCAAAGCCCUUAAAUCAAUCACAUUUGCAAACCCCCUCUUGCCACCUAAAAUAACAUAGUCACUGGUCUGGGGAUUAGGAUGUGGGCAUCUUUGGGGUCAUUAUUCAACCCAUCACACACACCCAUUUCUCUCACCCUUGAAUUCUUAACCCCCUGCUCCAAAUGCAUCCUUCCUCCACGUUUUUGUUCAUUUCAAUAAAUAGCACCAUCGUUCAUUUUGAAUCCUGAGGCUAAUUCAGGAUUCAAGGCUAAUUCUCUUUCUCAGCACUAACUUUAAGAAAGGAAGUAACCAAAAUCCAAUGCAUGAAUAAAUUCUGUUCAUUCUGUGUCCAGUUUCUUAAUUGUCCACUUUACCUCCAGUCAAGGCCACCAUCAAAUCUCACCUGGAUGAUGGCAAAACCUCCUUGCUGGUCAGCCCCAUUCACUAUCGCCUUAUUCCAAGCCAGUCUCCCCGCCGUAUAGACAAUUAUAUGUUUAAAAUGUAAAUCUGAUUAGGCCAGCUGAAAAAAAAUUUUUCCGGUGGCUUGGUAUUUCUCAAUUCAACUUAAAGGAAUUAGUUCCUGGUAUUUCCUACAUACUGUACAUGUUGCCCCAAACGGUGGCUUUCACACAAGGAGCAAGCAUUUCGUUUGCUGACCUAUUCACGCGGAUUCUUGACCAGGGGAAAAGUCAUGCGGAGGCGUUGGAAAGCUGAGCAGCAAGAUUCCACCGCCUUUAUCCGGAGCCGCCCAGCCUCCACGCGGGCGACAUCAAGGAAACGAAGCAUCACCAGCUUUUGCUCCUGCGGAGGGCUCCCGAUGGUGGUCGUGGGAGCGAAACUCGUUAGAAACGAUGCAAAUUAGUAGUAAACAAGCCCUCGCCCCUUAAGGGGAAGCUGCGGUCAAAGUCUUCUUUCCGCCCCUCCCAGCUGCGCUCUCCACACUCCGCAGCGCUGGGAGCGAGCGCGUUGCCUCUCAUCUCCCCGCUGCGCUCUCUGCUGCGCUUUCCUUCGAGGUCGCACCUCUUCCUGAAAAGGAUGGGAGCCUCUUCUCGGAGGAGCCCGCAGCCUCUCGGGCCGCCGGCGCCCCCUCUCUCCCGCUUCGGAGGAGCCCUCCUCGCAGUUCGGCUGCUGCUCACGCUGCCGGCGGCCUGGGGUAAUUGCAAAGUCCCGGCACAGCUCCCGUUUGCCAGGCCUACAGAACCGAUUGAGAAGUUUGAGUUUCCUAUUGGGGCAUCUUUGAACUACAUGUGCCGCCCUGGUUACUACAAGAAACAGUUCCGAAUCACCUGCCAAGAGAACUUGACCUGGUCAAGUGCUGAAAACAAAUGUGAACGUAAAUCAUGUGGAACUCCUCCAGAACUCAUAAAUGGCAGAAUGACCAUAAACGGAGACACCAAGUUUGGAUCAACUGUUAAUUAUGCUUGUAAUGAAGGAUACCGACUCAUUGGUCAGCCCUCUAGCACGUGCCUCAUCUCGGGCAAUACUGUCGUCUGGGAUAACAACCCACCUACUUGUGAAAGAAUUCCUUGUGGGCCGCCCCCAAACAUUGCCAAUGGAAGUUUCAUUAGCAUCAACAGAGAAUAUUUUCCAUACGGGACCGUGGUGACCUAUCGCUGCAAUUCUGGACAGAGAGGGAAAAAGCCGUUUGAGCUUGUGGGCCAGCCGUCAAUAUAUUGCACCAGCAAAGACAACCGCAUCGGCACGUGGAGCGGCCCUCCCCCUCAGUGCAUUAUACCUAAUAAAUGCACACCUCCGGAAAUUGAAAAUGCAAUAAUAGUAUCUGAGCGCAAAACCUUAUAUUCCUUAAAUGAAAUCGUGGUGUUUAUGUGUGAGUCCGGCUUUGACAUGAAAGGACCUUCCAGUGUGAGAUGCCAACCUCGAAACAGAUGGGGGCCACAGCUGCCAAGCUGCUCUAGGCUAUGUGCGCCGCCUCCAGAAAUUCCGCAUGGUAAGCCCACCCCAAGCGACAAGGACAGCUUUUCCCCUGGGCAGGAAGUAUUCUACAGUUGUGAGCCUGGCUAUGAUCUCAGAGGGACUGCUUCUGUGCGCUGUACGCCCCAGGGAAACUGGAGCCCAGCAGCCCCUACAUGUGCAGUGAAAUCAUGUGAUGACUUCCUGGACCAACUCCCUAACGGUCGUGUGCUCUUUCCACUUAAUUUCCAGCUUGGGGCAAAAGUGUCCUUCAUUUGCAAUGAGGGGUUCCGUUUAAAGGGAAGUUCUGCUAGUUACUGUACCUUGGUUGAAAUGAAAAGCCUUUGGAACAACAGUGUUCCUGUGUGUGAGCAAAUCUUUUGUCCAAGCCCUCCAUCUAUCCUUAAUGGGAACCACACCGGAACUCCUCAGGGAGACGUUCCCUAUGGAGAGGAAAUUACUUAUAUGUGUGACCCCCGCUCGGCCAGAGGGACGACCUUCAACCUCGUCGGGGAGAGCACCAUCCGCUGCACAAGCGACGGUGAAGGGAAUGGGAUUUGGAGCGGCCCUGCCCCUUCCUGUGAACUUGCUGGUCCUGCUGGUUACUGUAAAGCCCCAAAACAGUUUCCAUUUGCCAAGCCUACAACUCAGACUGAUGAAUCUGAGUUUCCAGUUGGGACAUCUUUGACUUUUAAAUGUUCCCCUGGGUAUUUUGAGUCUACGUUUUCUAUCACCUGCUUAGAAAACUUGGUCUGGUCCAGUGCCGAAGAUACGUGUAGACGAAAAUCAUGUGGAGCUCCUCCAGAACCCUUCAAUGGCAUGGUACAUAUAAACACAGAUACCCAGUUUGGAUCAACAGUGAAUUAUUCUUGUAAUGAAGGGUAUCGACUCGUUGGCUCCCCUUCUGCAGCCUGUCACCUCUCGGGCAAUACUGUCACUUGGGAUAAGGAAACACCUAUUUGUAAGAAAAUCUUUUGUCCAAGUCCUCCAUCUAUCCCUAAUGGGAACCACCCCAGAACUUCUCAGGGAGACGUUCCCUAUGGAGAGGAAGUUACUUACAUGUGUGAACCCCGCUCAGCCAGAGGGAUGACCUUCAACCUCGUCGGGGAGAGCACCAUCCGCUGCACAAGCGACGGUGAAGGGAACGGGAUUUGGAGCGGCCCUGCCCCUUCCUGUGAACUUGCUGGCCCUGCUGCAUGCCCACAUCCACCCAGGAUCCACAAUGGGCAUUACAUUGGAGAACAUCCAUUUCCAUAUCUUCCUGGGAUGACGGUCAGCUACACUUGUGACCCAGGCUACUUGUUGGUGGGAAGGAACUUCAUCUUCUGCACGUACCUGGGAACCUGGAGUCAUUUUGAACAUUAUUGCAGAGAGGCAAAAUGUAGACUCCCAGCGCAUAUGAAUGGAAUCCGGAAGGACGUGGAAAUGAGAAAAGUCUAUCACCAUGGAGAUAAUGUAACUUUGGAGUGUGAAGAGGGGUAUACUCUGAAAGGUAGUCCCCAGAGCCAGUGCCAGGCAGAUAACACAUGGGACCCUCCUCUGGCCAUGUGUGCAUCUAGCACACAUGAUGCUCUCAUAGCUGGCAUUUUCUUUGGCACGAUCUUCUUUCUUUUACCCAUCAUCGUGGUCGGUUGGAUAGUUGUGAAGCACAAACAAGGCAAAACUACAGAUGAAAAAUGUAAGGAGAGUAUCCAUUUACACCCUCAAGAAGACAGCGGUGUAAGUCCUCAAACUGUGCAAACAAAUCAGGAAAACAGCAGUGUCCUUCCUUGACAAAGUAUAUAAAGCUGGAGAACACCUCGAAUUAAAAUGUUGGUCGGGAAGAAAGCGAUUCACUUCAACAGAAUAAGAUGUGAAACGCAUAAAAUCCCAAGUGGAAGUGACCUCACAGAGAUGCAAGCAUGUGCACUUGAAGAUGCCGAAGUGCCCCCGGAAUCUAGGAAAAGCUCCCUCCUCUUAGUUUGGAUUACUGUCACUCCUUCACCCUCUGUCCUUGUGCUCAAAGCACACACCAUCCAUUUAGGGGGAAAGACUGCCCUUGGGCUAUAUAAAUAGCCUCACUUACUUAAAGGACAAAGGUGUUGCCUAGGAUCUUGGUUUACCAGUUUGUAUUUUCCUUUCUUAUUUUCAAAUGUCCAUACUAUGGAAUGCCCUCAUUAAUGAGAAUUUGAAAAUCCAGAGGGACGAUGUGAAAAACAAGUCACAUAGAAUUAUACUACUCUGUGAUAACCGCUGGUAAUAUUUUUAUUUUUCUGCUAACCUUUGAUUUUUUGCUAACCUUUCUUCAUCUAUGUUUCUUUAUACACAAGUCUUACUUAAAUAGUUAGGUUUUCUGUUAUAGAGCAAAAUCUCCUCCUAUUAGAUCUGAGUAAAAUAUAGCUAUAUCAGUUUUUACUUUCCUUAGAAAAAAGAAUAUUUUCUGUUUAUUAAAAAAAAACAUUAAAUGAUUCUGGAGAGAGGUUUUCAAGAGAAAUAUCUGAAACAAUGAGUUUUGGAUAUUCCUAAGUUGAUUUUCAAAAGCACUUUUACUCUAUUCUUUACAAAAACAUAACUAUUUUAAAUAAAAGAAUAAUUUUAUUAUAAAAGCAA